AUGACUCGAGAGCUCUUUACAGUGUGGUUUCUGACCGUGGACAAGAGGAUGAAAAGGGAAGGACGGAACAUUUUAAUGAUAGUUGAUAACUGCUCGGCGCACAUUGUCAACGUACGGCUGACUAAUGUGCGCCUUGAGUACCCUCCGCCCGACUGCACAUCUGUGCUUCAACCCCUCGAUCAGGGAAUAAUUAGAAGUGUCAAGGCGCACUUCCGCAAGCGCCUUGUUCAGUGUGUGCUUAUAAACCUGCGACUUCAGCAGUCGACUGUCAUCAACGUACGACAGGCGGCGGAAAUGCUCACCGGCGCAUGGUGGAGCGUCACUUCAACAGCUGUUCAGAACUGCUGGCGGAAAGCAGGGCUCAUGCACACGAGUGAGCAGCCAGAAGACGCCGGGCAGCCAUGCAACGAUGACCAGGCGGAGGAAGGCAAUCCUGGCGAGCUUUGGAGUGAGGUGACCGAUCUGUUGGCCAUGGAUUCGGUCUCAUUUGACGAUUAUGUGCUGUGCGAUGAAGGAACCACAACAUCAGCAGAGCUGACGACAGAAGACAUCCUUCAAGCCAAUCAAGAUGAAGGCAGCGAUGAUGGUGUGGAUGAUGCCGCGGACAAUGAAGGUGCGACCUCGUCGCAGCCUGAAGACUGUGACACUCUGCCAGGAAUGGCAGAGUGUUAG